AAGUCUAUCAUGAAGGUGUUGGCAGUAUUUUUCGUCGUGAUUGCUGCAGCGAUCGCCACUCCAGUGGCUCAGGAUGCUCACAAGGCUGUCUUUGUCAAGGACAUGCCAGUGAGGAGCAACAGCAUCACUGGACGCAUUACCAACGGCUAUCCAGCCUAUGAGGGCAAAAUCCCCUAUAUUGUCUUCCUGCUGUUCGGCAACGGAAACGGUGGUGCUUGGUUGUGCGGUGGCUCAAUCAUUGGCAACACUUGGGUCAUGACUGCUGCCCAUUGCACAAAUGGUGCCGAUUCUGUGACCAUUCACUAUGGUGCUACCUGGCGCAAUCAGCCCCAAUAUACUCAUUGGGUGCAUCACAAUGACUUCGUCCAGCAUCACGAGUACGAUGGUGUCGCACUUAACAACGACAUUGCCCUGAUUCGUACCCCCCAUGUGGACUUCUGGUCGCUGGUCAACAAAGUGGAGCUGCCUCGUUUCGAUGAGCGUGACAACUGCAUUGAUGACCACUGGGCUGUCCUUUCCGGCUGGGGUGCAACCUCGGACAGUAGCGGCGCUUCCGACUAUCUGAACUGUGUGGAUGUGCAGGUUGCUUCCAAUCAUGUGUGCGAAAACUACUAUGGAGGUGGCAUCAAUGGAAACCAUCUGUGCAUUGCCACUCCUGAGAACAAGGGCUCCUGCAGCGGUGAUUCUGGUGGUCCUUUGGUCCUUCACGAUAGCAACCGCCAAGUGGGUAUUGUUUCCUUCGGUUCAUCUGCUGGCUGUGAGGCAAACGCCCCCAAGGGUUUGACUCGUGUCACUGCCUACUUGGACUGGAUUCGUGACAACACUGGCAUUUCCUACUAAAUCAACAUUAAAAUGUAAAAAUAAAGCAACAAACAGAAAUCAAA